AUGUCCCAAAGAAUCCGCUCUCGACUGGUCAAUGUUCGGGAGAACGCUGGCCAUUUCAUCUACCCAGAGCCUGCGGAUGAAAUGGAGCUACCCGAGAUGCGUUGCUUCGACCCCAACGAUUGUAGCUGCUUGAAUUUCGAAGGCUCUGAGUAUUUCAAGUGGAACUUUGCUGUUCCCGACAAGGGAGACAGGACUGGCCGAUCGCAGCUUGACCAGCCGCUGGGUGAUCUAGAUGGCGCCGGCUCUGGACAUCUUGUGGCACAGCAUCUACUGUGCCUGUUCAAUCCACAUGUUUCCCACUCGAGCGACGCCUGCAAGCUAAAGCCACAGUGGCAUACUUCUCGACCUGACAACCCUGAAGUCAAACAUGGCCCAGAAGCCUGCCUGUUGGAGCAGGCAACGACAUUGAUCCGCAUGGGUACCAAGCUCUUGACCCAACAGUCGCAUGAUCUUACCGCUGAUGCCGAAGGCUUCGAGGUCUUUUGGUGCCAUCAGAGAAAAUGUCGGAACUAUCACAGACGCGUCCCCGGUCUCUCGAGAAUACUUCGAGAGUUCGAUCAUUACAAUUUCGCACUCUACCUAUAUAGUGGAGCAACAAGAUUCGCCGCCAUGUCGUGCCCUGACAGCUCUCAACCGCCACGAAUGUUUGUGCCCCGGUUAUGGACACCCCCAGAUGAUCCAGAUAAACCGCUAUUCCCGUACAUCACUGGCUUCACCACACAAAUCCACCGCCAUGUGGCCCCGCCACCAUUUGGUGCACCCGAUUACGGCCCUGGGCCCAGACCACAGCUAUCAUUGCAGUACAUGACAAGCGUGCCACAGAGCGAGCUGGUCGUCGACAACCCUCCCCUGAAGACGGCGCCAUCCCAAGCAGAGACCACACAGCUGAUUAUCAACACGCCCAUAUCUGUGGGAAGCGCCGACGGCGCCCAGGUCGUCACAUGCUCUAUCACCCCCGAUGCAGAAACCGCCGGUCAGUCCUUUCAGGCGGUCGCCAAGAUAUACGACCCUCUGUAUUAUAGAUUUUCGGAGUGGAUCGCCCACGAACCCCGUGAUGUUGUCAUCGAGGCCGACAAGGACUACAGCCGCGAGGCCGCCGCGUACGAGUACCUCCAGAAGACGGGACAGACCGGCUCCUUUGCCCCCGCAUACUAUGGCUCAUGGACCUUCGCUCUUCCCAUUACCAGCAGGGGCAAGACCCAGACGAGGCCCAUCCGCCUGGUCUUGAUUGAGUACCUGGGCGGGACCAACAUCCGCGGUAGCCUAUUCCAGAACGGCCCUGAGCGCGCGGGUAAGGACGCCUUCUACUACGCGGAGGAGUACAGGCUCGAGGUCCUGGCGCUGGCUAUGGACGGCUAUGUCAGACAGCUGCACUCCGGGAUUGACCAGCUGGACUUUGCGGGGCGGAACGUCAUGCUCGCGCCAUGGAGCCUCUCGGCCGAGCCCGGCCAAGAUAGUCCCGCCGUCGCGGGCCUGUCCCUGCCGCGCAUUGUGCUUGUCGACUACAACGCGGCCAUAGUGUACACCCAGAGCAAGAGGGGGAGACUGCCUCAUAUGGACUGGCCGCGCCCGUGCAACCCGAUGUGGUACUUCUGGGACGAACCUAUGGACGACUUUGGGGGCUGGGUCCCUCAUGAAUGGCAUCAUAAUCCAAAGUUCAUGCAGGAGUGGCUUCAGAAGAGGUUUGGCACAGAGGAGAAGCGAAAGCUGUACGCUUCUGUUGAAGAAGAGCUGAUCAUCAGAGAUUACGACCUGCCUGAGUGGCAGUGA